AUGUCCGAUGAUCGCGCCCAAACGCUCGAGGUCAGCCUUACGUGGCCCCUCCGACCUAUACUGACCUCCCUCAACGGCGACAACUCGUGGCUCAUUAGCUUCCCCCGCCCUGAACAGGACGGCCGCGCCAAGUACUUCUACCACGUCGCUUUCGAGCCCUGGCUGACGGGGCCAACGACAAAGAUUUCAUCAUGGCUGGUGCACAUCUCGUUAAAGACUAAGGCGGCCAUGGGGCACGGCGAUGCUGUCCAGGAAGCGGCGGGCGCCAUCGAGCAAGUAGCGGCGACCGUGGCCAAAGAGCACAACGGUGUUAUCCGAGUCCGCAGUGAAACCCAUGAAGACGGAUACAACGGAGCAGUGGAUGCCAUCUUCCUCUUUCUCGACGAAGUCGAUCAUUGCCAUCGCCCAACGCUCGAGACCUUUGACAAGCGCGUCCCCUUCAUCGGGUCCAAGGAGGUUGUCGCCAAGGUCUCCCCGUGGCAGCACUUUGAAAGCAUCACGACGUUGACAGAACUCGAUGCGUCCCUAGACACGUGGCAGGGCGACAAUGUGCGCCCAUCUCCAUUCCCGGAGUGGCUGACGGCAUUUAAACUACCGGGGGAGAGCUUCCUAAACUUCGUCGGCGUCUUUGUCUGGACACACACCACGGCCUCUGGCGAGGUCAUCCAUGAAUCGAUCCUAGAUUCCCCACAUGGUACCGAGUCCCUGUAUCAAGACGGCUCCCCGAUCAACGCUUUUCUGGCCUCAAAGCCCCCGACGAGGCAACUCGCCCUCCUCCACGGACUUAAGGAGUCGUUCACCACCCGAUUCUGGCGCACGACACACGGUGCUGAGGCUGGACUGAGGAUGUACCGCAAGACGGAUAGCAAGUACUGGAUCAUGUCCCAUGAGGCCGAACUUGGCUAUAAAGGCGUGGUUCUACGGGCGACGACGUUUGACACGGCACGGACGCUUGACUGGGCACUCGAGCGCGAGGGAGGGAAAGAUGUGGAUUUCAAGGAGGUUGGGAACGGUAAUUCGUUUGUCAUGAUGUAG